AAGUUCUUCGGUACAGCUAAAGCGUUUACCAUGUUCGCUUUAAAAUCCCUUUUACUUUUGUAUAUAGUUGCCAUUGCGUUAGCUGAAAACUCUUGCAGUCAGGAUUCACUGCAGAACCAACAUUCAUUGAAUACCAAUGAUUUGCUUUUUUCCCUAUAUCUUAAGGCUUAUGGCAAAGAAUACUGCGACGACCAAGAAUACCAGAAACGUCAAAAACUUUUCGAAAACUCUUUGAAGAUAAUUAGCGAUUUAAGCGAACAACACCCGAAUACAAAAUUUGGUCUUAAUCACAUAUCUGACUGGACUGACGAAGAGCGCGAGAAUUUGUACGGUUUUCGUGGUGAUCUACUCGCAAACGAGACGAGUUGGUUAAACUCGCAGCCUUACGUGCCACAGGGUAAUGCUCCAGAAUCACUUGAUUGGCGUCAACAAGGUCUCGUCACUAAAGUCAAGGAUCAAGGGACUUGCAUGUCUUGCUACGUUUUUAGUGCUAUUGGUAACAUCGAGGGUCAACACGCUAAGAAACAUAAGAAAUUAUACUCGUUAUCCGAACAACAAGGUCUUGACUGUGAUCCAGCAAGUAUGAAAUGUAGAACUGGUGGAUUGCCAAUUCGUGUGUACCAAGCUUUGGCAAAACAAGGAGGCUCGGUAGAAGAAAGUGCUUACCCAUAUGUAGGACGUGAAGGGCGAUGUUCCACCGAUUCAAGGAAAAUUGUAGUUAAAGUUAAAGGAGGACAAAUGCUAAGAAUCGCUAAUGAAGAAGCGCUCAAGGACGCUUUGUAUAAUUACGGACCUCUUUCGAUUGGUAUGACUUUCAAAGUUCCGGCGCUUGAAAAAUACAGGGGAGGAAUCGCCGAUCCGGGUUGCAACCCACGAGUCGUUGCUGACCACGCAGUUCUCCUCGUUGGUUAUGGAAGAGAGAACAAUACACCAUUUUGGAUCAUCAAAAACUCUUGGUCUAGCAAUUGGGGAGAAGCUGGUUAUCUUCGUUUAAUUCGUGGGAAGAAUGCGUGUCAUGUAUCGGAUAUUGUUACUACCGCCACAAUCGCAUAACUCAAGGAUUCUUGUAAUGUUUCAUUCGAAUCCGUUCUCAAAAUGUGGUAUUAAAUAGUAUUUUUUCAAUCGAUUAAAUUUCGUAUCUCGUUGUCGUCACUUUGUUCAUUAUAACCGACUGCAAAAACACAUCUCUUGCUGAAGUUAUAUAAUGGAAUUCAUGAUCAUGUACAAAAAGAUACAUUUAAAUUCUGGUUUCUGUUUUGUUGCACAUGUCGUUGCACAUUCCUUCCCUCGAUUGUAAGCAGUUAGAACAUUUUCUAUUAAAAGAGUAAUAUAUGAACCUGCGUGUAGUACAGAGUAUUUUAUAAA